AUGAAGACUAGGUUUAGAAGAAAUCACAUUUAUGUUGUCAACACUUCUGAAGGUAGAAUUGAAGAUGUGGGAGGAAUUAAAAAAGAAGUGAGGAAUUUUUUAAAAUCUAAUUUUCAGGAAAAUAAUUGGGUUAGGCCUAUUUUAGGAGAUGUGGAGUUUGUGAGUCUUUCUUAUGUUGAUAGUAAGAGUUUGGAGGAGACUUUCAGUGAAGUUGAGAUUAAAGCAACUGUAUGGAGUUGUAAUGGGGAUAAAAGUCAUGGUCCCGGCGGUUUUAGCUUUAGCUUCUUGCAGGAUUGUUGGGAAUUGGUCAAGGAGGAUGUAAUUUGUUUUGUGGUGGAGUUUUAUGAUAAUCCUUCUAUAACUAAGGUUGUUACUGCUUCCUUUAUCACUUUUGUUCCUAAGAUUAGAAAUCCUCAGCUCUUGAGUAACUAUAGGCCCAUCUGUCUAGUGAGUUGUGAAAUUUUGGCACUUAAACACAGAUGUCAAGACUGA